AUGAACCCACCCCAAGCCAUGGACGGAGCAAGUCUUCAAAGAGCCCUUGUAGGCUACCAGCGAAUGAGCGAGAUAGUCCGCAGGGAAAUGCUCGAACCAGAGGCGGUUGCAGGUGGCGACAACAAUACGCUGCGGAAGACCAUGGAGAGCGGCAUCCGUGUCCUAAGCCGCCGUUACGCUGCGACCAACCACCCCAUUGAGCUGUUCGAAGCUGAAAUUCGUGACAUCUGGUACAUGUUUACGGUUGCAGCGCAGAACAUCGAGGCCCAUCACCCCGCCCAGGAUCGCUUGCUCCGGAUUAUCAUGCGCGCGAGGCACCGUGGUGUCCUGCAGAGGAUGACACAUGAGGGUGGCCAGCUGGCCAUGACUUCCCAGGGGCGCAUCUGGGUCGAUCUGCCUUUCCUUGUCCAGGACGUGCGGAGUGCGUGGAAGAAGGUCAUGGAGCCACCAGCCUUGUUCGAUCAGCGCCGCAAUCUAACAUCAGCCAUCGCCCGAUUGGCGAGUUCAGGUGUCUGUGGUCAUAAAUUCAGCCAGUGUGGGCUGGAAAUUAUGAAGCUGGCUCUUGAGGUAGCACCAAUGCCACCGUCCUCCUCUGAUUCUUCAUAUGGAUCCGGACACAGUGAAGAAGACCUGGCUCUCGUCGAGAUUUGGCUCUCCUACGCAGGCGAGGACCUCUUGCGACUGUGUCUUACCGCCUCAACAGACAGCGACUCCUCAUGGUCUCUGGACGGGCAAGAUUCAGUUGGCCCACUCGCACGACAGGCUGGAGUUGAACCUACCGCGGUGUAUUCCCGAGAGAGGUUUCUAUUUUGGAAAGACAGGCUUGCAAGAUUGACGGCUGAGGCGGAGCUCGAGUCUGCUGUGGAAGCAUGGUGCGCGCAUAUGAUCACGGGGGUCUGGGAUGACUAUUUCGGUAUCUUGCCCUUCUGA